UACUCUUGGACGUUAGUUGGUUGCGCUGAUUGCGUGCGCCGUCGUUGUCGUUGUUACGCGUUAAUUAACCAAUUUAAUUGGGUUUUGUGCGACUCCUUUUAGCCAAAUUUCGUGGCUAAGUGAUAUCUACAAUACAUAAUUGCAAAGUGCAAUACGAAUUUGUUAAAACGAAAUCGGAAGAAGAAACAAACAAAAAAAAAACGGGAAAAUAAACAAAAGUGUGCAUCCGUAUUAGUUGAAAGUGAUGAAAAUAAAAACGGAAAUCAAAGGCAGUUAAGGGAAACUGAUCGGGCUGACUGCAGUUUGUAAGAGCCACUAACUAGCGAGAGGGCCCUUAUUAGCCGUACUAUUUGCUGCCAGCGGCAUAUUUUGUCACUGCAGGCGGAACAGGUGUGUGUCUUUCUUGUGUUGCGUUUCGAAAAUCACUGAAUAUUUGCAAGCAAAAAAAAAAUAAUAAUCAGAAAAAAGUUAAAAAUAAAUACAAUACUGCCUUCGCUGAUUACUAAAAGGUGUAAUUGGAAAUGUAGAUACAUACAUAUGUAUGCAAGUAAAUAAAUCGUAUAAUCGAAAAGUAAUACUCAGCAUUUAAUAAUAAAUUUGCAGUCAUACUUGGUGUUAUAAAAAUUAAUUAUCAACUCAAAGAAAAACAUACAUGUGCUGAUAAACAGAUAAAAAGUUGUGUUGCCGUAAUAAGUAGAGUAAAGUGUAUACCUAUAGGAGAGUGAGGCCAUAACGCUCAACGUUCUUUCUAGUUGUCGCCAAUAGCAACAAACAAAAGGCAUUGUUUUAUAUUUUAUACCGGGAAAAAAUAAUAAUAAAAGUGUAAUGAAUUAAAAAAAUUAAGUGUGCUCAACAAGUGUAACGAAGCAAAAGCGCACCCUCAAUACCGAACUCUGCGCGCCAGUGAACGGGUAAACUUAAGCGCACUUAUAAAGUACAUAACGACAUAAGUGAAUACAUAUGUAUGUACAUUUGUUUGUAUGUUAGCUAAAAGUCAUCAUACCGCCGGACGGAAACGGAAAUUUGAGUUCCUUUGAACGGCCAACAGGUUUUCGGGUAGUAAGGAACUGCUGCUGAACGAUUGCUGAAAAUUCAUAAAAUGAAGUGAACUUGGCGAACUUAAUUUAUUUUUAGCAUUGGAAGCAUAUAUUUUUUCCCUAUGGAAAUGCAUUAAUUUCUUCUUCUGCGACCCAGACAGUAACUGGUUUUAUACGCCGAACUGAUUUGCUCCAUUAGCUAAGAAAAGACACAACAACGGGUCCACAGACAGAUUCAUUCACAAUUCAACAGCAACAAUAUACAAAACAAAGAUUACAACAACAAGACUGUACGAUAAACUAUCGAUCGAUCGCACGAUAUAUGUACAUAUGCUAAUUGGGAUCGUGUCACACCUUGGCAGCAAGCAAUAAGCAAGGAGAGCCUGCGCUACAGAUACAGUGUAGUGCAGUACAGUAGCUACCAAUAGCUUGUAGACCAGAGCGCACGCUCAAGUGUCGGCAUUUCCGACUUCUAAUAUACAAUUUAGGGACCAUUGAAGCCGUAAAAUUGUAAAAAAAAAAUAAAUAAAUGCAAGAAAACAGAAUCAGUUUGAAGUGUGAACCUAAACAAAAAGUGUAAAAUAAAACUUUUAUAUAAAUAAAUACAUACACGAAUUUAAACAAAAAAGUGUCGAACUUGCAAUUUCAGCACACUUACACACAAUUAAAGCUGUUUGCAUUACACUUACACACACACACACACACUUUUAUGCAAUCACAUACAUAUGCAUGUAUGUAUGUAUGCACGUGUGUUGCAACAUGUGGCAAUAUGCUGAUCUUGGCUUUAUCGCCGCCACAUUAACGUCGCUGUCGUUGUCGCCUCUGUCGCCGCCGUUGUUGGUUUUAUUUUCAUUCGCGUCGUCAAAUAACAAAAAUCGCGUACGCGUCUCGGUCACCCGCGCCUAAGCAAGUAUAUAUGUAGUUAUAUAGUUGCCCAAUGCAAAUCACACGUUCUGCUGUAUUGCAUAGCGCAAGCAAAAAGUAAAAAAAAACUAAAAAAAAUUUUGAAUUAACAACAAACACUGUUAUUAGGCCAGGCGGUAUUCGCGGUCGUCAUCGCUGUCGCUGUCGCCGUGUUACGCUUGAUCGAGCCACGCAAGGCAAGUAAUCGAACUAGGCACUGAGCUGGCUAUCGAUAAAUGCAGCAAAUACAAUUAUAUAUAUGUACAUGCAUAUAUAUUUAAUAAAAACAGUAAAACAACUAUUUACAAUAACGAAUUGAAGCUCAACUAUUUACAAUUUAAAUUCAAAAAAAAAAUUUUGUGCAUAAAAAUUAGAAGUUGUAUCGCUUUUUUGCAAAUUUUAAGCCGUAAGCAGAAAGUUGUGCUCCUAAAAAAACUCAUUUAUUGUGUUUUGUGUGGAAAAAGAAGUGCGUAAUCGAAUAAAAUAAGCACAGAGCGACAAGUGUGACAUUCUACACUUUCGCAUAUCAUUUUCUUGCAUCGAAAAUUAAAAGGAAAUUAAUUUUUAUUUACACAUUCAACGCUCGAAAUGGCGUUAAACAGUCUACACCAACAACAUCAUCAUCAUCACUCGCAUGUGAUGAUGUGGUUAACACUGGGAUUAUUUCUGUUAAUUGCUGUGCAAAGCAACGAGGCGUCCAUCACUGCUGGCUAUGUGGAUCAUGGCGAUAUGAAAGUUUGUAUUGGCACCAAGUCGCGCUUGUCAGUGCCUUCGAAUCGUGAACAUCACUAUCGUAAUUUACGUGAUCGCUACAACAAUUGCACUUAUGUUGAUGGUAAUUUAGAGUUGACCUGGUUGCAAGAACCCGAUAUGGAUCUCAGCUUUUUGGAAAAUAUUCGCGAAGUAACCGGCUACAUACUGAUCAGUCAUGUGGACAUACAAAGUGUGGUAUUCCCAAGACUACAAAUCAUUCGCGGCCGCACCUUGUUCAAUCUCAACGUUCAAGAACAGCAAUUUGCUCUAUUCACUGCCUACUCGAAAAUGUUUACACUCGAAAUGCCUGCACUUAGGGAUAUACUUCAGGGAUCUGUGGGUUUCUUCAACAAUUUCAAUUUGUGUCACAUCAAAUCAAUCGACUGGAAAGAGAUCAUUUCUGGUCCCGACGAUCAAUUCACUUACGUCUACAACUUCACACCGCCGGAGCGUCAGUGCCCGAAGUGUCAUGAGAGCUGUGAGCGCGGCUGUUGGGGUGAAGGUCCGCAAAAUUGCCAGAAGUUCAGCAAAAUCAACUGUUCGCCUCAAUGCGCGCAAGGUCGCUGCUUCGGUUCACGUCCACGCGAGUGCUGCCAUCUCUUCUGCGCCGGCGGUUGCACUGGGCCAACACAGCGCGAAUGCAUCGCUUGCAAAAAUUUCUACGAUGAUGGUGUUUGCAAGGAAGAAUGUCCACCCAUGCAAAAAUAUAAUCCAACAAAUUAUUUGUGGGAAGUCAAUCCAGAGGGGAAGUAUGCUUAUGGCGCCACCUGUGUGAAAGAAUGCCCCGAGCAUUUGUUAAAAGAUAAUGGUGCUUGCGUACGUAGUUGCCCGGUAGAAAAGAUGGCUAAAGACGGCGAGUGUGUGCCAUGUAAUGGCCCAUGCCCCAAGACAUGUCCAGGCACACCGGCGCUGCACUCGGGUAAUAUCGACUCGUAUAAGGGCUGCACGGUGAUUGAGGGCUCUAUACGCGUGUUGGAUCAGACGUUUUCCGGUUAUCAGCAUAUUUACUCAAACAAUUCGUUUGGGCCACGUUUCAUUUCUAUGCAUCCCGAUCGGUUGGAGGUAUUCUCCACUGUGAAAGAAAUCACCGGUUACUUGGAUAUCGAAGGCGCACAUCCGGCAUUUAAGAAUCUAUCCUACUUCCGCAACUUAGAGGUCAUACACGGACGUCAGCUGAUGGAGAGUUACUUUGCUUCGUUAUCGAUUGUACGGUCGUCGCUGGAAAGUUUGGAGCUGCGCAAUCUGAAGCGCAUCAACUCCGGUGCGGUGGUAAUACAACAGAAUGAUGACAUUUGUUUUGUGAGCGAUAUCGACUGGCAGAAGGUGCAAAAGUCGGUGGACCAUGGAGUGGUGAUUGCAAAGAACCGCAACGAAACCUCAUGUAAAAACGAUGGCCUUGUUUGCUCGGACCAGUGCAACAAGUCUGGCUGCUGGGGUAAGGGCACGGAUCAAUGUCUGGAAUGUAAAAACUUUGGCUUCAAUGGCACCUGCAUCGCGGAUUGCCGUAAUAUAUCAAACGCCUACCAAUUUGACAACAAGACCUGCAAGGAAUGCCACCCCGAGUGCCUUACCUGCUCUGGCCCUGGUGCCGACCACUGCGACGAGUGUGUGCACGUGCGCGAUGAGAAACGCUGCGUUACCGUUUGUCCGGACAACAAAUACUCCGACUAUGGCAUCUGUCGUCUGUGUCAUGAGACAUGCGAAGGCUGCACUGGCCCCAGGGACACAAUAGGACCUGGCGGUUGCAAGUCGUGCAAUCUCGCUAUCAUAAACAGCGACACCACUGUCGAGCGUUGCUUGUUGAAAAACGAUAAGUGUCCCGAUGGCUAUUACUGGGAGUAUGUGAAUCCGCAAGAGCAAGGCAAUCUGAAACCGUUGGCUGGCAAAGCUAUCUGCCGCAAAUGUCAUCCACGCUGUGAGCUCUGUAAUGGCUAUGGCUUUCAUGAGCAAGUCUGUUCGAAGUGUGCUGGCUACAAGCGCGGCGAGCAAUGUGAAGAUGAAUGCCCGCCCGAUCAUUAUGCGGAUGAGGCGCGUCGUGAGUGUUUUGAAUGCCAUCCGGAGUGUAAGGGCUGUACGGGGCCAAGCGCCGAGGAUUGCCUCGCGUGUCGCAGCUUCAAGGUGUUCGGCCUCGGUGAUCCCAACGACAAUACGACAAUAUUCAACUGCACUUCCAAGUGCCCCACUGACUACCCGUACGUUAUUUACCAGUCCACCGAUAUUGGCACCUACUGUUCGGAAGUGCCUGGCAAGGGCACCAAACUCACCGCCGGCGUAGACAGUUAUAUCUUUAUUAUUGUCGCUUUCAUUGUAUUUGUGGCUAUGUUCUGCAUGGGCAUCGUUUGCUAUGUUUGUCGUCAGCGCACCAAAGCCGAGAAGGAGGCGGUGAAAAUGACGCGUGUUCUCAGUGGCUGUGAGGAUGCCGAACCACUGCGCCCCUCGAAUAUUUCACCGAAUCUUUCGAAAUUGCGCAUCGUGAAGGAUGCAGAGUUGCGCAAGGGCGGUGUGCUUGGCAUGGGUGCGUUCGGCCGUGUCUUUAAGGGUGUUUGGGUGCCUGAGGGCGAAAAUGUCAAGAUACCCGUCGCUAUUAAAGAGUUGCUCAAGGCUUCCGGCGCCGAAUCGAGUGAAGAGUUUCUGCGUGAGGCAUACAUCAUGGCUUCGGUGGAGCAUCCGAAUCUGCUGAAAUUGCUAGCCGUCUGUAUGACUUCGCAAAUGAUGCUGAUCACACAACUAAUGCCGCUCGGCUGCCUGCUCGACUAUGUGCGAAAUAAUCGGGACAAAAUUGGCUCAAAAGCGCUGCUGAAUUGGUCAACACAAAUCGCAAAGGGAAUGUCGUAUUUGGAGGAGAAACGUUUGGUACAUCGGGAUCUGGCAGCGCGCAAUGUGCUCGUGCAAACACCUUCUAUUGUAAAGAUCACCGAUUUUGGCUUGGCUAAACUGCUCAGCAGUGACUCCAACGAAUAUAAAGCAGCCGGCGGUAAAAUGCCCAUUAAGUGGCUGGCGCUGGAAUGCAUUAGACAUCGUGUCUUUACCAGCAAGUCGGACGUGUGGGCAUUUGGUGUCACAAUUUGGGAACUGCUGACUUUCGGUCAACGUCCACAUGAGAACAUACCCGCGAAAGAUAUACCCGAUCUCAUUGAAGUUGGACUGAAAUUGGAACAACCGGCCAUCUGCUCGCUAGACAUCUACUGCACGCUGCUCUCUUGCUGGCACUUGGACGCCGAAAUGCGUCCGUCAUUCAAGCAGCUGGUUAACGUUUUCUCCGAGUUUGCACGUGACCCUGGCCGGUACUUGGUCAUACCGGGUGAUAAGUUUACGCGUCUACCUGCCUACACGAGUCAGGACGAAAAAGAUCUCAUCAGAAAGUUGGCGCCCACCACAGAAGGGCCAGAAGCAAUGGUGGAAGCAGAGGACUAUCUGCAACCCAAGGCAGCGCCUGGACCCAGUGGUGCUGAAGACACCGAUGAGGUGCCCAAGCUAAACCGAUACUGCAAGGAUCCGAUGAAUAAGAACUCAUCUUCAGGCGGCGAUGACGAAACCGAUUCGAAUGCGCGUGAGGUUGGUGUCGGCAACUUGCGACUCGACCUACCAGUCGACGAGGAUGAUUACCUUAUGCCCACCUGCCAAUCUAGCACGCCGAACGGCACUACCGGCAGCAACAACAACACCAUCAAAGCCAACGGCCACCACCCCAACGGAGGUGGUGGUAUGGGUAUUGGCGGCGGUGGUUACAUGGAUCUAAUCGGCGUGCCGGCCAGCGUCGAUAAUCCAGAAUAUUUGCUCAAUGCGCAAGCGCUGAGUGUCAACGAUGCGCCCAUACCCACGCAAACGAUCGGCAUACCAGUAAUGAUGAGCCGAAAUGGCGGCAGCACAGUGCGAACGAAUGGUAAUGGCGGCGGCGGCAGCCACCAUCACCACCCCCCGCAUACACCCACAACUGCAGCAGCCGUAGCGGCGGCGGCGAAUACAAUAGCAGCGCUCACAGCUAUGCACGACAUGAAUAUCGCAGCCAUGGCAGCGGUGAAUGGCAAUGGCGGCUCGGAACCGACCAGCUCGGAUCAUGAGUACUACAAUGAUACGCAGCGCGAACUGCAGCCGCUGCAUCGCAGCGAAACGCGCGUCUAGCAAUUAGACACGGACGGAGCAAACGUCCGAGAGUCAUUGUGAUGCGCGAAAUAUGUAGCCAAAGCAAAUGCGGCACGCGUCCGAAAGUAGGUGGGGAAGGAAAAGAUAUCGAUGCAGCGAUGAAGGUAGCUGGGUGGAGCGAGAAGCAGAAAAAGACUGCAAUACUGCCGACGUGAACUUAACUUGCCACCAGAACUUGCAACGUGCCUCAUUUACAUACAACGCAUACAUGCAUACAUACAUAUGCGCAUAUGUAUACCAUGUAACUAUGUAACUGUAAAUACUAAAAUUUAAGAAGAAAACACAGCAGCGAAUGCAGCGAAAUCGAAGCACACGAAACGAAGCAAAGCAAAGCAAAGCAAAACAAACAAACAAAUAAAUUAAAAUAACACUAAAUGCCACUAAAAGGUCACAUGCGUAGCCAACUGCCGAAGGAGCUUAGGUUGCCGACCGCCAAGGCAAAAGCAGAGCAGAGCAGCGUAUGGACAUAGCCCAAACAAACCUACUGUUAGCAUUAGCGUCCUAGAUUAUAACUGUAUAUAAUGAGUAGUAGUAAAGUAGUACCUAAAUUGUUGUUGUGUACUGUAGUACUUACCAGUUAAAGUGUUUAAAGAGCGCUGAGUAAAAAGCAUAGAAAUGGUUAGUUUUUAAAAUCGGGAGCAAAACAAAAAAAAACUUGUAAAUCUUUAGUAGGGACACACCAAUAGUGCAUUUGACUUGAACGAAGAUUGGGAGCGCAAUGGUAAGCAAUUAUGGACUUUGUUAAGAGGAGCAAAUUGUAUGUAUAAAAGUGGAAUGCCUUAACGCCUCCUGAUCUUCAAGCAAAUUAGUGUUUAGCUUAGUUUUAGACAGUUUUAGCUACUUACUUAUUUAAUAUUUGCAAAUUAUAAAAUUUUAAUUUUUUUAGCUCUAUUUUUAAUUUUGUUAAUUACGAACUGUGAUAACGUAAAAUGUAAGUACGAAUACGAAAAAAAAAUCAAAUAAAAACAAAAGCAACAAAAAUGUAAAACAAUGAACAAAAUGAACAAAAACUA